GCGACAGGUGAAAGCCUGUGCUCUUCGGGGACACUUGGGAACAAGACGCGCACCGCAGCUGGCUAGCUUCCGCAGUUCCAGGUGAGCGGUCCCGCCCGUGCCUGGGCGUGGUCGGGGGCGGGUUCUGUACUAGCCCCGCCCAGCAGAGGGCCCUGCCGCGCCGCUGCGGCUCCGCCCCUCUCCUUCCGUCAUCCGCUCCUUCCGUCGGUGGUUUCUUCCUUCCUGCCUUGUCCCGCACCUUUCGCGAUAUGGGGAAGAGUUUCCAUUUCGCCAGCGCCACCUGAGGAUUUCCUGGAGCCGUCCCCCGCCCCCGCGAUGGAAGACGAUCAGGAGCUGGAGAGGAAAGCCAUAGAGGAAUUGCUAAAGGAGGCAAAGCGUGGCAAAACCAGAGCAGAGACGAUGGGGCCGAUGGGCUGGAUGAAGUGUCCUCUUGCUGGUACAAAUAAAAGAUUCCUAAUUAACACAAUUAAGAACACACUGCCCUCCCAUAAAGAGCAAGACCAUGAACAAAAAGAGGGCAGUAAGGAGCCUGGCAAAAGCCAAGACCAGAAGGAAACAAGUGGGAAGAAACACAGAAGCCACUCCUACAAGCGCAGCCUUCACUCUGCCCGGGGCUCUCCUCCACGGAAGCGGGCCUCCCGGGACAAGUGCGACCAGCGGCCCAGUAGGCGAUGAGAUGGAGCCUCAGGACCAGCCCAGCCGCGCACUGCACCCGCUACUGGGCGCAGCAAGGAGGACGGGGAGGUGGUGGGCUGGCACCUGAGAGUGACUUUCUCAGUGGGUCCUUUGUUUUAAGGUGGCUGUUGGUACUGUGUUGUUGUUCUUAUUGCUGUUGUUGCUGUUGACAGGAAAAGAAAACUUUACUAAAGCAAAUCUUAACCACCUUAUCCUGAAGGUAUCCUGGCUCGAGCAAGCUGACUCAGCAUUGGCCUGCACAUCCAUGUUGUCUUUAUCCUACCUAAUUUGGAAGUUUGUUUCAAAACAAGCAGUUUUAGAAUUUGAGAUUUUGAGGUUGUUAAAAACUCCUAGUUUUUUGAUGUAUUGCACUUUUGUGGUCAUUUCCCAGAGUUUCUCAAAAAAUAAAUAAAAUACUUAGAAAUGCUA